CAUAUAUGUAGAUAGAGACAGAGCAAUGAAUCAAGGCUUAUUCUAAGCUGUUUCUUGGGAUUCUGAACGGCAUUUUUUCUCACGUCCUCCCUCUUUGCACAUUUGGUUAAAGAAAAGAGAAGCAGGUUUUCCGGCGUCACUGUAAUCUCGCAGCUUUCAGUUGUUUCUUUCAAUGUAUAAAUUGGGCUUUAUUUUCACAUGUAGUAAUUAGUGCUGUUAAUACUGUGUAAUGAGGUGAAUUCAGUUUAUGUGUAUUAUAUUGUGAUAUUAUGUUAAUAUGAGUUUUGAUUGAGGAUUUAAAGAUCAGUUUAUUUAUCGAAACAAGAUUCGCUUUAAUCAUGACAAGGUCAUCUUAUCAGCAGAAAAAAUGUUCUCCAUCUCAAGGGUUUGGUGUUGAGAAUGUUUUGUAUCCAGAGCUAUGGAAGGCUUGUGCAGGUCCAUUGGUGGAUGUUCCAAAAAUGAACGAAAGAGUUUACUAUUUUCCACAAGGUCACAUGGAACAAUUGGAAGCAUCAAUAAAUCAGGAGUUAAAUCAGAGAAUACCGGUGGUCAAUCUUCCCUCAAAGAUCCUUUGUAGUGUUAUGAACAUUCAGCUACUGGCUGAACAAGAAACUGAUGAGGUUUAUGCACAAAUUACUCUGAUGCCCGAAGUAGAACAAACCGAGCCAAAAAGUCUAGAUCCAUGUCCUCCAGAGCCUCCUAGGCCUACGGUUCACUCGUUCUGCAAGGUUUUGACAGCUUCCGAUACAAGUACUCAUGGUGGAUUUUCCGUCCUCCGUAAGCAUGCGAAUGAAUGCCUUCCUCCUUUGGAUAUGACCCUGCAGACUCCGAGCCAGGAACUUGUGGCCAAGGAUUUGCAUGGGAUGGAAUGGCACUUUAAGCAUAUAUAUAGAGGCAAACCAAGUAGGCACUUGCUUACAACUGGAUGGAGUACAUUUGUCACUUCUAAGAGAUUAGUUGCUGGAGACUCUUUUGUAUUUUUGAGGGGAGUGAAUGGGGAGUUAUGCGUCGGAGUUAGACAUCAUGUUUGUCAACAGAGCUCCAUGCCAUCCUCUGUGAUUUCAAGUCAGAGCAUGCAUCUCGGAGUGCUUGCAACUGCAUCUCACUCUGUUGCAACGAAGACCCUCUUUGUUGUUUAUUACAAACCAAGAACAAGUCAAUUCAUCAUAGGCUUGAACAAAUAUCUCGAAGCUCUAAACCAUGGUUUCAGAGUUGGCAUGAGAUUCAAGAUGCAUUUUGAGGUCGAGGAUUCUCCAGAGAAAAGGUUCUCAGGUACAAUAACAGGAGUUGAAGAUAUUUCUCCUCAUUGGAAAGAUUCGAAAUGGCGAUCACUGAUGGUUCAGUGGGACGAACCUGCAUCCAUUCCAAGACCUGAAAGGGUUUCUCCAUGGGAGAUAGAACCAUUUGUGGCAUCAGUUCCCACGAGCCUGGUUCAGCCACUGGCAGCGAAAAAUAAAAGGCCACGAUCGCAUAUUGAAGUCAGAGUUCCUGAAAAUCCAAGUGCUGCAUCUGCUGUCUGGAAUCCAUCCCACGACUCACAUAAAGUAAUGGGCGUUCUUGAAGAAAAAAGGAGUGAACAAAUAGACGCAAGUGCCACUCUCAUCAAAAACAGAACUGACGACACAUUUGGAACUAAUGUAGAGGGAGACUGGCUAUCUUUUCCUCGUAUAAAUUCUUGUCUGAAUAAGUUUUCUGAAGAAACAGAAGAGAGCAGAAGUGACUCAGCUUGGUCUAUUUUGUCAAACCAUUCCACCCCAAAUUCCAGAAAACAGAGCAAUACUCUCAUAUCUUGCUUAAAUGAUGGGAGGAAAUUACAUACUUCUGCUACUUGCAGAUUAUUUGGUAUUGAUUUGAAAAGCCCUUCAAUGCUCGAGAAAUGUUUUUUGAAAUCAGUUGAUAUACCGAGUGAUGUUUCUGAAGGAUGCAUCCCGAAUCAACUGCUGCGGUUACAAGCACCAAUAAAGGAGGUUCGUAGCAGACAGAAUCACUCCACUAGAAGUUGUACUAAGGUUCAAAUGCAAGGAGUUGCUGUGGGUCGUGCUGUGGACUUAACUGUGUUAAAGGGGUUCGAUGAGCUUUUAAGUGAACUCGAAGAGAUGUUCGAAAUAAAAGGAGAGCUUUGGCAUCGACAUAAAUGGGAAAUUGUUUUUACUGAUGACGAAGGAGAUAUGAUGCUCAUGCGCGACUAUCCAUGGCUAGAAUUCUGUGACAAGGUGCAGAGGAUUUUCAUCUAUUCUACCCAAGAAGUGAAGAAAAUGAGAGCUAGAAGUAAUCUUCAUUUAUCUUCAACAGACAACGAAAGAGGAGGCUUUAACUUGGAAGUUGGUGGAGAUUAAAAUUACCUUCACAUAUUCUUCUUCAUUCCUGCUGCCUUUAAUUUGUUUCUUCUAUAGUAAUAGGGUCCUUUUGUGCCGUGGUAGAGGUACUUUGAGAAACUAUCUUGUUUGUUUCUCGCAUUUUGCUGACACUGGGUCAUCAAGAAGCAGUUUGCGACUUGAAAUUUUACUAGUAAUACUAGACUCUACAACGGUUACUAAUCGAGGGGUGGGUUAAGGAUUAGAAUCUGUGUAUAACAGAGGUGUCUCUGGUGAAUUUGGAUGGAUUUCUUUCUUGUCCUGUAUAUCUGAAUAUAAAUUCUUGACAUCUGGUUUAAAAAUUGCCAGCUUCUUUUGUAUUUUGUACUUCACUAAUUCAAGGCGUUUCCUUUCUUUCUA